AUGUGUUAUCCUAAGGACGAGGAUCUGUUGAAAAAGCAUUGUGCCUUCCAUCAGGAACGGGAAAAGCGAGCUUUCUGGCUGGUCUCGGCAAUGUUAGCUGCUUUUACGCUUGCUGUGGCUGGACUGAUCGUCUUUCACGACUGUGUCCAGAAACGAGAAAAAACGCCAAAGCGAGAAGGAAAAGGCCCAUUGGACGCUUCGAAACGACCCUGGGCUUCACGGAUUAAAUGCUGCUUCAAACGCAGGCGGGAAGCGAAAGUCAUCGACCUGGAGGAAUUCUCAUCAAAUCCAGACAAGGCAUCUGCGCUUGCUCAGGAUGAAUGGAGUAGCAUAAAAGGUGAACUUGACGGGGAUGGUGCUCAGACAGCUGGCACUAGGUCCAUGUUGGAUUGGGAGCCUGUGACCUUCAAAGAUGGAACUGAGGUCGUCCCCGUUAUGCCACGAGCCCAGAUGCCUCGCACCGAAAAGCGGCAUAUAGCCAGAGUAACCUUCGCAGCAUCUUCCACGCCGCCAGGAAACGUCCUUGCUCCCGAGCUUGAUGUCAACAUGGUAUGCUCAAGCCCCACGGAGAGAGUACACCCAGGAACGCGGAAGGGCUUUUAUUGGAGUCGAGAACGGCGCUGA